CUUCCCAGGUUGCUGGACCAGAAUUUACAGUCCUGAGCAUGGCUCUAAUUUUAGCAGACCCAGACCCUCGAAAAUCAUCUGCAGCACGUACCCGUUCAGUUUUUACACUUUUUGGACUCUAUGCCGUCUCCCUUGAGGUAGUAGCGUUCCCGGCUGGCAAGAUAUAUCCAGGCAGGGAUCCCGUCAAGGAAUACUUCGGUAGUAAUUGACAAGAGAAAGGUAAUGUAAAAGUUCCAGCUCUACUAAGAACCAUCAGUGAGGUAUGGAGUACUCUCUGGCUAGUGCCGAGUGCGCAAGCAGUUUGUUCGUAUUUCCAGAUGGUGACGCGGAAGUGGAAUGGAUGACGUUAGCCCACCCCUUCUGCAAAAAGCACUGUCACUAUGAGAGUGAGUAGAUGAUGCUAUAUCAUAUGUCUAUUCGGUCUCGACCAACACUCGUGAAAUGUUGUACUGAUGUUCAUUCAACCUCGACAAACGUCAGAUCCAAUUCUGUGGGUCUGUCCGACAGACAAGCUCAGUGUGCAACACGUCUGCAUUGGGUAGAUAUUUGGAGAGUGACUGCAAGUCUGAUGAGGGCCAAUGCGAUGCAAAGCACCUUUUUAUAGUUAUCUCAUUUUGAUGUAUUCGCUUAGUUCAUCUUAUUCCAGCG